AUGAUUCUUGAGGCAUCACGGGAAAGUAAUCUUUGUCUUGUGAAACAUUUGUUUAAUUAUGGUGCUGAUAUAAGAAGUAAAAACAAUUACAAUCGUACAAUUCUUCAUUUCUUUUGCUAUAGAGGAAAUCUAGAAUGGGUCAAAUUUGCGCUUAAAUUCUUAGAUAUCAAUGCCAAAGAUGAUGCGGUAAUGACUCCUAUUCAUAAAGCUAUCCAUUAUAAUAAUGUGGAUGUAUGCGAGUACCUAAGUACACAACCAAAUAUAGAUAAAUGUGCUAAAAAUAGCGAGAAUGAAACUCCUCUUCAAUUUGCGUUACGUCUCAAUAGAGAACCUAUUGUUGAAAUUCUUCGUAGAAAUGGAUUUAUAGAAUAG